AUGGCCAAAGACAAGACCCUGGCCGAAGCCGGCCGCCCGGCCAAGCGUGCGAAGCUGCUCGACGACGACGACGCCUCCUCCGUCUCCGGCGGCGAAGAGGUCAGCUUCAAGAUCAACGAGGAAUUCGCACGCCGCUUCGAGUAUAAUAAGAAGCGUGAGGAAAAGCAACGCCUCGAGGAGAAGUAUGGCAAGAACUCCAAGGAAGCCGACGACGACGAAGACUCCUCAUCCUCCGAAGACGAAGAUGACGACGCCAUGCUGGCUACCGAGGCUCUCGAUGCCGAAAUCUCCGCCACUCUCAAUGCCAUCCGCAACAAAGACCCGCGAGUCUACGACGCCAACGCCAAAUUCUACUCCGACUGGACCCCCGAGAACCUGCCCACGAACGAGAAGAAGGAGAAGCCUAUCACUAUCCGCGACUACCACCGCCAGAACCUGAUGGAGGGCAAGAUAACCGGUGAUGAGGACGAAGACACGCCCGCAGUCCCGUAUGCGCAGGAGCAGGCGGCCUUGAAGAAGGAGCUCGCCAGCGUCGCCAAAGCCGACGAAAGCGAUGACGAAGACGAGGACGAUUUCCUCGUCGCCAAGGACAAGCCGAAGAAGGAUAAGGCCGCCGCCCCUGCUGCUGCCGCAGCUACUUCCACCAAGCCAAAGAAGAUCGAGCUUGAUGUCGAGAAUGCCGAUAAGGACCCCGAAAACUUCCUCUCGAACUUCUUGUCCUCCCGUGCUUGGACGCUCGACACCGACAAAUUCGCGCCUCUUGAGUCAGAAGAUGAGGAUGACGACCGUCGCGCUGAUGAAUUCGAAUUCGCGUACAACAUGCGCUUCGAAGACCCUGCUACCGCCAACGAGAAGCUACAAACCUUUGCUCGUGACGCCGUGGCUAAGACUUCGGUCCGCAGGGAGGAGAAGAGCGCAAGACAGAAGCAGAGAGAUAAGGAGCGGGAGAGGAAGGAGGCACUCAAGCGUGAGAAGGAGGAGGACAAGGCACGUUUGCGGAAGCUUAAGAUCGAGGAGAUGGAGGAGAAGCUCAAUAUGAUCAAGGAGGCAGCAGGCCUGAGCGGCAAGGAAUUCAACCUGGAUGACUGGAGGGACGUCCUGGAUGCUGAUUGGGACGACGACCGAUGGGACCAGGAAAUGCAGAAGCGCUUCGGCGACGGCUACUACGCUGAGAAAGAAGGGGCUGCUUCCGACUCUGACGAUGACGGAGAAGGAAAGAAGAAGAAGAAGAACAAGAAGCCGAAGAAGCCUACCUGGGAUGACGACAUCGAUAUCAAGGAUAUCAUUCCCGACUUCGAGGAUGACGAGGAAGCGCCCGCUUUCACUCUAUCCGGCGACGAAGAUGAGGAGGAUGGCGGUGUCCAGCUCCCCAACGACAACGCGGAGGGAUCGGACGAAGAGACUGUCUCGAAGAAAAAGAAGAAGUCGAAGAAGGAUGAGAUCGAUGCCAAGCGCGCUGCGCGCCGAGAACGCCGCAUCAUCGAGAGCCUCGUCGACCAGAACAUCGACGUAGAGCUCGCGGCUAAGCAGACCGAGAACGCUCCUGCCAGGUUCCGCUACCGUGAGACUUCUCCUACCACCUUCGGUCUCACUGCCCGUGAUAUCUUGCUCGCGGACGACGCACAACUCAACCAGUUCGCCGGUCUCAAGAAGAUGGCUUCUUGGCGUGACCCCGAGAAGAAGAAGAAGGACAAGAAGAAGCUGGGCAAGAAGGCCAGGCUCAGGGAGUGGCGCAAGGAGACGUUCGGUGACGAGGAGGGUCCGAAGUACGGCUUCGGCGACUAUGUCAGCAAGAAGUAUCGUGAUCAUGGCCUGCCUAUUCAAGCUCCGGCCGAUGUGAAGAUGAAGGACGCAAGAGAUGAUGGUGUGGAUAUCAGAGAAGGAAGCAAAAAGAAGAAGAGAGGAAAGAAGAGGAAGGUCGGCAUUGUGGAGGAAUAG